AUGCCUCUUUCUUCUUCCGCUGCUGCUGUUGGUCUUGCUACUGAUGCUAUGAGAAAUCUCUCCAUUUCGCUUUCUUCUUAUCCUUCUCCUGCUGUUGUUGACGGAAUCGAAGGAGAAAGGAAUGGUGGUGAUGGGAGAUACCAUUUUGGUCUACAAUUGGAUCUGUCCAUUGAGCGCGAGCAAGCUUUCCGAAUAGACGUAAUAAAAAACAAAGGCAGAGAUAGAAGCAUUCCUUUAGAACAAACGCUUGAAAUUCUGAAAUACAUCUCCAACGAAGGAGAAGCCGCACACAAGAGGUUGAAGGAAUCUGCCAUGAAAGUAGCUAGAUAUAACCCCAUCAACACCCGCUCUUCUACCGAAUUCCAACAGUCUCCAAAGGAGCUAGCUUUCUACAGAAGGGGAGAAAUUGUAGAGAGAAGGGCCCGUUCACUGCCGCCGCUGCUAUUCCAUGACAAUGACGACAACAACGGCGGCCUUGGACCCUCAAUUUCUUCCAUUGUGACAGAGGGGCUUCCAAAGAGGUCGAAUCUCAUGGAAACGAAGAGGAAAUCGUCAAAAGCAAGUGAUAAUGCCAGCUUGCUGACACAACCUCACGGUAGUCAGCCAUCGUUGUUGCAGUCGGUUGAGCUACGAUGCCACAUUUGCCAAGUGCACUGCAUGUCUGCAUUCAACCUCCAAGAACACUUUCAAGGAAAGAAACAUCAAGAGAAGUGCAGACAGUAUGAUCAACAGUGACCACCAUACGAACAACUGGUCGCUUUACGUUGCAAUGUCUGCCACAUGACCUGUUCAAGCACAGACGAUCUCCACAAACACUUUCAAGGCAAAAAACAUUUGGAGAUGUGUGAAGAGUACGACCGGAAACAACCACCAAAUCGACAAUUGGCCAACCUUCACUGUGAUAUAUGCGACGUGAGUUGCCCAAGCGAUUUUCACCUCUACCAACAUCAGCACGGAUCAAAACACAUGUCCAAGUGCAGGGACUUGUGCUCUGGGGAAGAAAACAAGAUCAUGUGGUGUGCUGUGUGUCGUAUCUCAUGUCCAAACAUGACAUCUUUGAUGCAACAUAGGUGGGGAAAGAGGCAUAUCACACAGCUCUAUGCAGGUAGAGGUAGUGAGGUUGCAACAUAUGAUGGUGAAAAAGAAGAAAUAGAGGAAGGUAAGCCUAAGAGGUUUAAAGAAUGGGUGUCAAAGUGAAAAAUGAGUUCAAAGCAAAGGUAAGAAACGAGUAAUAAUGACCUUAAAAUGUUCACUUACAUUCAAAUGCAUAUGAUGCUCUUGCGCAUUCAAAAUUCUGGCCAUCAAUGCACAUUGCACGGUUGGGAUGAUGGCGCUAAACUUAAGUUGUAACUGGUUGCUAGAGGUGGAAACCACUUGAGAGAAGUCUACAGCCCAUAUACGUAUUAAAAAAAUGAGAGGUCUUUUGAGGUGGAAACCAGUGGAGUGGUCCACGGCCCAUGCUACCCCAAAAAAAAAAAAAACCACUCCCUCUCCCUCGUAUCCAAAGAAGAAUUGUGUUUUUUUUUUAGAUGCUAUUGGUAAAAGACUCAUUUGGAGCUUUUGAACUGUGGAGCCAUGAAAUCAAUCAAGAUGGAAAAUCCUUACAAAAAUAUUUGAGAAUCUUGAGUUUUAGUGAUCA